AUGCAGAUCAGGGAGUUAAAUCUGGUGAAAGCCUCGCCCGAAGCUGCUACCGGGGUGAGAGCGCUAGUGUCCACCAACGUUCCCUUCGGAGUGCUACAGGUGGCUGACACAGUCAAGAUGCUUUUCGCAGGCAUCGCACAGCCAGGGAUACCUGGAGGAAUCCGCGCCUACCCCAUCGGUCAAGGGGCGUCCGCCGGAUCAGGCCCAGCGGGCGGAGGGGCCGGAGGGGGAGGGGGGGGAGCUGGUGGUAGUGGCGGGGGGACGGGAGGCGAGCUCAGCGGGAAUUUCCAGGAGUACGGGUGCUUGUCUCUGGCGGUGUCUUGCAUGGUGCUCAAUCACGACGGCAGUCUGCUGUUUGUCGGGGGCGAGGAUGGCGUUCUGGCCAUGUAUUGCGUCGCCGAGGACCCGAAGACUGCCGAAAGGAAGGCCCGAGAAAGGGAUGCCGUGGAGUACAUGGAGGAAAUCCUUGUUACCAAGACCGACAUUAAGGUCCAGUCCAAGCAGAUGCAGGGGCUCAAGAACGCUGUGGACGAGCUCAUGCUCAACAAUGAGUACCAGCUCCGCCUAAAGGAUAUGAACUACAAGGAAAAGACUCGAGAGAUCACGGAUAAGUUCACGGUGGAAGUGGAGAUGGACCGUCGCUGCUACGGAGAGCUCUUAGACGAGAGAAAAAAUAUGGAACUGACGUACGAGGAGAGGAUCGCGCAGCUGCAGGAUCAACACGCCGAGGAGAGGACUGGGCUGGAGGCGCAGCACCGAAAUAAGAUUAACGCCGAGAUCAACCGCUACCAGGCCAUGGUGCAGGAGAAAGAGGAGCUCAGCAGGAAGUGGGACGACGAGAACCAGAGUCUCGUGGACGCUCACACAGAGGCGCUGCAGAAGGUUAUCGAGGAGUACGACAAAAAGGUGGAGGAAGAGCAGUCUCAACAGCGAAAGCUAGCCCUGGAAAAGGAGAAAAUGGCCGCCGCUUUCGACAACCUCAAAAAUCUCGUAGAAGAAGACGCGGACACGGAGACGGAGUACAUCAAGGCCAUCCUAGCCCAGACCAAGUUCAUGGCCAAGCUGGCCGCGGAAAAGGAGGCGACGCUAAGGCUCAAGGGGGAGAACGGCAUCAUGAAGAAGAAGUUCUCACGCCUGAGCAAGCAAGUGGAGGAUCAGAAGGAGGACACGACCACCCUGCAAGAGAGACAAAGAGAUCUCUUCGAAACCAUCAAGUCUCUCGAAAAGGACAUCCAGGGGCACAAGAAAGAGAUUCGCGAGAGAGAGGAGACCAUCGCCGAUAAGGAGAAACGCAUCUACGACCUCAAGAAGAAAAACCAAGAGCUGGAAAAGUUCAAGUUUGUCUUGGACUACAAGAUCAAGGAGCUCAAGCGCCAGAUAGAGCCGAGGGAGAACGAGAUAGCGCACAUGCGCAACCAGAUCGAAGAGAUGGACCUUGAGCUUGAGCAGUACCACAAAAGCAACUCUGCCCUCGACCUGAUGAUCGGAGAGCUCCGGCUCAAGGUGGACGGCAUGCAAAAGGAGCUUCACACGCAGAACAAGAGGCUAGAGGAGGGGGCUCGUUUCGCAGAGCAUUUCCACAACGACCUCAGGGCGGCAGUGCAGAACAUGGCGACGGACGACAACCGGGCCCUCAAGAGGGCCAUGGUGGCGCUCUACAAGCUAUACAACAACGACAACCCGGUCGCGUCGGUCAAGAGGGGAGAGGAUGGCGAUGUGCAGCGGGAGUACAAUCGCCAUAGAAAGCACCUGGAGCGGAAUGUCGAGGCUCUCAAGAGCAGCAUCGACAAGGAUAUGCGCAUGUUUCACCAGGACCGGUCUCGGCUGAACCGGGAGAACGUCAUGCUCACAAGGGAGAUCAACGACCUCAGACGAACAGCCAAGGCGCUCUCUCUGCAGCAGAGUGGGGUCGAGCGGGUCAUGGCGGGAGACCCGGAUGUUGAUAUGAACCAGCCGCUCCGAGCGCUCUUGGGUGACACUGGAGCGGGGCGAGACAAAAACGAUGGCAAGGGACAGGUCAAGCCAGGCGGGCAAGGGGGUGCUAGCAGCAAGAACCUGUCCAAGGGGAGAAGGGUGGAGCGGUUUACCGAGAGCUCAACAAACGCCUCCACAAUGGCCUUGGUCGGCCCUGCGUGGCACCCUACGCCUCCUUCCGGAGCGGUUCGGCAGAAUAGUAUGGAGGGAGCGGGGGUUGGUGAGCAACAACGAUUGGCUGCUACCGGCACGAGCAACGAGGGGCACGUUUUGGAGCAGCAGCAGAUGUGGAGGGAGAUUGAAAUGCAAGAGCAACAGAUUCGACAGCUCGAACACCACGCCGCACAGCUUAAAGAGUCCCUCCGAGCGGGUGGCUUGAUAAGCAAAUCGAUAAACACGGGGGACGGCGUGGCCGCCGAAGGAGAUGGGGGAGAAGCCGAGCAAGCACAAAACCGAGGAGCCGACGGAGAUUUGCCGUAGCCUUGGAAGAGCCGCGUCC